AUGUCCGAGUUCAUCUUCCAAAGUGCCCACUGUGGUCGGAAGGUGACAAUUGACGCUGGGACUUCUCAAGAUGGCGACCCAAGCAUCACGACUGAGACGACAACCAUCGGAAUGACUCUAGAGAACAGCCGUGACACGGACGCUGUUGACUUGCAUAGGAAUGAGGUUAUGUCUUCUCCAGAAGUCGGAGGCGCAGCAACUCGGAGGCAGCGGCGCCGAGAUCUAGAUUUUGACGAUGACGACGACAGUACAUUGCGGGCUCAAGAGGCAUCGCUGCAGAAAAGCCUGGACACUUGCAUGAGGCAUUUGGUGGCCAUGAAGCCGGGAUCCUCGACGACACCCCAGCGACAGGAUACCUCUCGGGACGAGUGCCACGACCACGCACUGUCGAUCGCUGCCAGGUUGCGUCGUCUGGACGACGUAGCGCUGCCGCAGGUACUGCACCGCAUCAGCGCCAUCCUGCUGGAAUUCGGUGUGUGACGAGAGAUCUGACUGAUGAACGUGGUGAUCCUUGUAGUGUAUGUGCUUAAGUGCGUUUGACUUCGUUUUCAUCUGCUAAAGGGACAUGAUGAAUAAUCUGAGCGCAACUGGAUUAUUGCGUCGUCAUUGCAAGCUGCGCGGCGGCGUAGAACUGUGGCGGAUAUCCUAAUGUGACAUCCACAAAACUUUCUUUCGCCUCGUUCGUACUCUUGUGGAGUGAUGAUGUGGUGAAAGCGUGUGUGCUGCUCGGUUAUUGACCUGCGUUAUUGGCAGAGAUAUUAAGCUUUGUUGUUUCUGAAAGCAUGGAAGCAAGGUCCAAUAUGGACGGCGACUAUCUGUGGUGUAGCUUAAAGGCCGAACCACAUGCAGUGUUUUUGCCGGCGUUAUCUGGCGCUGCGUCUCUCGGCGUCGUCACAUAAACGCCGCCAAAGAGGGCGACGAACCACAUCAGAAGCGCUGAGGCCAGCGCAAGGCCAGCGUCGCACAUUGUGAACAAAGGGAAUAAACCUUAAAACUGGCAAAGCAAUGUGCAGUUGUCGUCCAUGGACCAACAAGAAAUAUUGCUGAUUAUAGCUUUUAUGCCUCAUUUGCAGUUUUGCAGUGCGAAAAACCAGUCACAGUGCUGCCGAAAGGGCUAUCUUCCUUUAUUUUACUCGUAGCGCCAACUACUGAGACUAAGAAGACCACAAGCUAGUAAUAUAUGGCCUCUGAGCUUGAAGUUGUCCGACAUCUUUGUCGCCACGUAUUCGGGCAAUACACUCAUUCCUGCUAAGCCUACCGAUGAACUUGAGUAUGGCUCUCGGAAGCAGUUUAAAGAUGUCACGAGCGCUUUGCUGUCGAAGCUUCCAGGGAACAAGCUAAGUCAAAUACAAGCGUCAGUUGAGAACUUGCGGGCCGCACAGUGCAAGGCGAUGACUUAAUAGAUCCGAGGCGGCGGCAGCCAUUUUGGCCGCAUUGACGAUGCCAUUACGUAGGUUGAAGUCGCUGGCAGCCGCGCGCUGAUUGGUUCUGUGUCCACCGAACUGCUUCCGGCGUCAUCUCCGAUCCUGCAGAUGUCUGGGACGUCCUAAGGUGGAGGUGUCGGCCACCGUCAACGCUAGCAUCGACGCCGAGUGACGCCGGGGAACGAAACGCCGGAAAGACGCUGGCAAAAACGCCACAUGUGGUUCGGCCUUAAAGGUGCAAGUUGCUACAGAGGUACUCAGACGUUGUGUACCAUACAAAACAAAUCUAGUUUACACUGUUUUUUACGUAGAGGCUCCACUUUUGAGACAUCCCCACAAU